AUGAAACACGUCAAUGAUGACACCGUCAGUAUAAUAUCAAGAUCUGUCAAGGUUGAUGCAAGAAAUUUCGCUAGUAUGGAGACAGGUUUUAAGGCACACCUGAGAAGCCAUACCGGCGAGAAACCGUAUUUCUGUGAACAUUGCUCAAAGACAUUUUCUACCUCUUCUAUUUUAAAAACACACUUAAGAAUCCAUACCGGCGAGAAACCGUAUCACUGUGAAAUUUGUUUGGAGACAUUUUCUAGUGCUUCACAUAUAAAGUCGCAUAUGAGAAUACAUACAAACGAGGAACCAUAUUCCUGUGAACAUUGCUUAAAGGUACUUUCCAAUGCUUCAGGCUUAAAGAGGCAUCUGAGAAUCCAUACUGACGAAAAACCUUACACCUGUGAUCAAUGCUCUAAGGCAUUUUCCAACGCUACAGGCUUUAAGGCACACCUGCGAAUCCAUACGGGCGAGAAACCGUAUUCCUGUAAAUAUUGUUCAAAGACAUUUUCCUUCGCUUCAAAUUUAAAGACACACCUGAGGAUCCAUACUGACGAGAAACCGUAUUCCUGUAAAUAUUGCUCGAAGACAUUUUCCGACAUGACUGGGUUCAAAAGACAUUUGAGAAUCCAUACUGGUGAGAAACCAUAUUCCUGUGAACAUUGCUCAAAAGUAUUUUCCCAAUGUUCAAGCUUAAAGAGGCAUCUGCGAAUCCAUACUGACGAGAAACCUUACUCCUGCAAAGUUUGCUCUAAGGCAUUUAUCGACCGUUCACAUUUAAAGACACACAUGAGAAGUCAUGAAGGUUAG